AGGAAUUUCUCAUUAUAAUUUCUCAUUAUCGCUACUGAGUCAUUACCUGCUCCAGUUUUUACUCUCAAUUACUUGCAAUCAGUCCACGAAAGAAUCUAUAGAGCACAGGAUAUUAGCAACUCCUCGCAAUCCUUUCUUGGUCGUUUUCUCUAAUGGCUUCAGCAACAUCCUACCUCCUCUUCCUCUCAAUCUUCUCAUCAGUGUUAGCAUUGGAAGCAGCUCAACCGAGGCAGUCCAACAUAAACUUGGAGAGCUCUCUCCAUCCCUCCACCAACCCUACAUCAUGGCUCUCACCAAAUGGACGUUUUGCCAUCGGAUUCUACCCAGAAGGCAGUGGCUACUUUGUGGGGAUAUGGUUUGUGACAUCUGAUGAAAACACCACCAUUAUUUGGACAGCAGAGCGAGACGGUCCGCCAGUUUCCAAAGAUGCUGUAUUAAAGCUAACCUCGGGAGGACUUGAGCUAGAAGGGAGGUCCAUCUCGCAGUUUAGCAUGGAUUCAUAUGCUUCCUCUGCCUCCAUGCUCGACUCUGGGAACUUUGUCAUCUAUGGUUCCAACUUAGAAAUCAUAUGGCAAACCUUUGAUAUUCCAACUGAUACGAUCGUGGCAGGUCAGAUGCUACCCCCUCGAUCCGAGCUCAUCUCCAGCAUCUCAGAAACAAAUCACUCGAGCGGGAAGUUUCGGCUCGAGAUGCAGCACGAUGCGAACCUCGUUUUGUAUCCUAUGGGCACAUUAGAUGAUCCUGAGGAUGCUUACUGGUCUACAAACACAGGUGAAAACCCCAACCUGAACCUAAGUCUACAUUUCAGCAAUGAUGGCCGCCUUUACUUGCUCGGUCACAACUUCACAAGAAACAUAACCACUGCCUACCAAAGCAAGCCAACCCUAGUUUAUCGUGCAACAUUGGACAUCGAUGGGAGAUUCAAAUUAUAUUCUCAUGAUUUCAAGUCAAAUGCAACGGAGGUUUUAGCUGAAUUCCCAGAUUCAGCAGAUCAGUGCAAGGUCAAAGGCACCUGUGGCUCAAACAGCUACUGCAGUUCUGCAGCUGGGCCAGCGGUAUGCUCAUGUUUGCCUGGUUUUUAUUUUCUUGAUGCUAAUAGAACAUCGAAUGGAUGCACGAGGAACUUCACCGGUGAUGGUUGCUCCUUGAACUAUGAUCGUGUGAUGCAAAACAUGUCUACUUUGGAGAACUUAGUGUGGGUAAUUCGCUAUGGAGCGCCAGACUCUAUUACGAACAAGGAAGAUUGCAAAAAGAAAUGUUUGGAAGAAUGCAAAUGUGAUGCCGCUCUGUUUAACAACAACACAUGCAGUAUGCUUAAAUUUCCAUUGGAAUAUGGUUACGAAGAUGAAAAUGACGCGACUACAACAUUCAUUAAGGUGGUUACCAUAAGCCCUGAGGGAGGACGUCAAAGCCCUGCUGCAGUUCCAAUUACUGCGAUGAAGAAAAAGUUCCGCACUAAGAUCUGGAUUGUGUCUCUGGCUAUUAUUGCUGGCUUAUCAUGCACCGUUGAUGUUUUUGCUUUAUUUAUUUAUAGAAGCCAUAGAAUGUUGGGGAGAAACAGAGAGCUUGGUUUGGUUGAUGAAAUAGCACCCAGAUGUUUUUCAUACCAUGAGUUGAGGGAAGCAACAGAUGAUUUUAAGGAACAACUAGGCAAGGGAGCCUUUGGAACUGUAUUCAAGGGGAGCUUGUCUAAUGGUGAAAGAGCCAUUGCUGUAAAAAGGCUUGAGAGGAUGGUGGACGAGGGUGAAAGAGAGUUCCAGACAGAGAUGAGGACCAUCGGAAGAACUCACCAUAAGAACUUGGUAAGGCUGCUAGGGUUUUGUGAUGAAGGACCUAACAAGCUCCUAGUUUAUGAGUGCAUGAGCAAUGGUUCACUUGCAGACCUUAUCUUCAAGACCAAAAGACGCCUGUAUUGGGAUGACCGGGUAAGAAUUGCACUCGAUGUAGCCAGAGGAAUUCUUUAUCUGCAUGAAGAGUGUGAUACACGUAUCAUACAUUGCGACAUAAAGCCUCAGAACAUACUGAUGGAUGACAAUUGGACAGCAAAGCUAUCAGAUUUUGGAUUAGCAAAACUGCUGACGCCGAGUCAGACAAGAACAUUCACAUGCAUAAGAGGGACAAGAGGGUACCUCGCACCAGAAUGGCACAAGAAUGCACCAAUAACAGUCAAGGCAGAUGUUUACAGCUUUGGCAUUGUGUUGUUAGAGAUUGUGUGCUGCAGGAAAAAUAUGGAAUUGGAAGCUGAAGUGGAUGCAAUUGUUCUUCUGGACUGGGUUUCUCAAUGUUUUGCAUCUGGAGAGUUAGAGAAGCUGAUAUCUGAUGAAGUAGAUAUGACGGAAUUGGAUAGGCUUGUGAAAGUGGGGUUAUGGUGCACGCAGUCUGAACCAGCUCUUCGGCCUGCAAUGAAGAAUGUGGUGAUGAUGCUGGAAGGAAAUAUUGAAGUAUCCCUUCCUCCAAGACCAGAUUCUAGCUCCUGAUGACCAAACGUCAUGAAGCCAGUUUAAGAUCUCUCAUGGUAUGCAUGGCGAUUUCUGUUCCCAAUAAGCAAUGUGCACUCCU